UGGCGGCGCCGUGGCGGAGGAGCAGGAGCAGGAGGGGGAUGGAGAGGAGAAGGCUCCUGGGAGGCAUGGCGCUCCUGCUCCUCCAGGCGCUGCCCAGCCCCUUGUCAGCCAGGGCUGAACCCCCGCAGGGAGACCGUUUUUAAUGUGACUCUUUCUCCGAAGUAGAAGUAAACCAUUUCCUCGAACAUUGUUGAACUUUUUACUGGCAAUGGAUCUCUGGUACUGGUCUCUAGACAAACAGGCAUACAAGGAUAAGGAAACCUGUGUGGGUACCAACAAUCAAAGCUACAUCUGUGACACAGGACACUGCUGUGGACAGUCUCAGUGCUGCAACUACUACUAUGAACUCUGGUGGUUCUGGCUGGUGUGGACCAUCAUCAUCAUCCUGAGCUGCUGCUGCGUCUGCCACCACCGACGAGCCAAGCACCGCCUUCAGGCCCAGCAGCGGCAACAUGAAAUCAACCUGAUCGCCUACCGGGAAGCCCACAAUUACUCAGCGCUGCCAUUUUAUUUCAGGUUUUUGCCAAACUAUUUACUACCUCCUUAUGAGGAAGUGGUGAACCGACCUCCAACUCCUCCCCCACCAUACAGUGCCUUCCAGCUACAGCAGCAGCAGCUGCCUGCACAGUGUGGCCCUGCGGGUGGCAGCCCCCCAGGCGCCGAUCCCACCAGGGGUUCCCAGGGGGCACAGAGCAGCCCCUUGUCUGCGCCCAGCAGAAGCAGCACGAGACCUCCAAGCAUCAUUGCUGACCCUGAGCCCUCUGACAUGCCAGCCAACCCAGCAGCCACCAAAGCCCCUGGAAUGGAGCCCAGCGGCUCUGUGGCCGGCCUGGGGGAGCUGGCCCCUGGGGCCUUCCUGGACAAGGAUUCCGAAUGUAAGGAGGAGCUGCUGAAAGAUUACAGCUGCGAGCUGGGCAGUAAGGACAAGACGCCUGGCAGACAUCGCCGCUUCACGGGCGACUCGGGCAUUGAAGUGUGUGUGUGCAACCGGGGCCACCACGACGACGACCUCAAAGAGUUCAACACGCUCAUCGACGACGCUCUGGAUGGGCCCCUGGACUUCUGCGACAGCUGCCACGUGCGGCCCCCUGGCGACGAGGAGGAAGGGCUCUGCCAGCCCUCCGAGGAGCAACCCCGAGAGCCUGGGCACCCCCACUUGCCACGGCCACCCGCGUGCCUGCUGCUGAACACCAUCAAUGAGCAGGACUCCCCAAACUCCCAGAGCAGCAGCUCCCCCAGCUAGAGCAGGCCCUGCCUGUACCCGGAAACUUGGUAAAGCAACCAGGGUAGGGGGAACCACGAGAGAAGCAUUAAGUGACUUUCACAGAAAGUGGUAUAGCCACUUGGUUCUUUUUCCUUGUUCUUUUUCUUUUUUUCCUCCCCUCUGCUCCUGCAUUUUCCUGUAUCUCCAGGGACAGUUGGGGGUAUGGAUGCCUCUUCCCCCACAGAAGCACAGUGCUGUGGAGGGCUGAGAAGUCGGUUCUGUGACUCAUUCCUCACACCCCACCCUCGUCCCCUUUCCCCCCUUUUCCAGUCACAUCUCACUCUCAGCUUGGGUUGGAGAGAUGUGUUUUAGGAGCCCCCAAAGAAGGGGGCUGAGACUGUGCACUGGGGUGACUCUUGGUGAUGGAAUGCAUUUUUGGUGGUAGCAUAAGAACCUCCUGUGUCUCAAUCUUGGAGAGGUGGCAGGUCUCGGCCGUGGGUGAAGCAGGAAGCCCGCAGCGACCCAGGGUUUGUCGUCACCCCUUGCCACCAGAAUUGGGCUCAUUCUGUGGGAGGAUGAGAGCUGAUGGGCAGUUGUUUGGUAGGUUGGUGGGGGGGCUUGUUGUGCUCUCAAAUUCCAGGUGACGGGAUCGAUGCGUCAUGGUGCGUCCUUGAUGGGCCCUGCCCAGCAGGUUCUACCCGGCUGCAGACUGGUUCACGUGUAGAAGAUUCUACUGUCUUCUUCUCUUUGUUUUUUCUUAAAAAAUAAAAAUAAAAACAACAGCAAGCUGAAAACAAGAACUCUACCAGUGAGCAGGCAAGAAUUCUGUUCUGGAAAAGGGAAAUUUAUGGCUCUUUCCCAAGUUGGCCUUCAAAGAGCCUGGCCGCAGUUGAGGCAACAGGAGGUGUUUUGUGCACCGGCGUGGGUGAGGGCUGCUACCCCUGGCACUUCUAUGGGUGCACAAGAGGCCCUGAGCCGUGGUGGUGGGCAGAGGUGCAGCUGUCUGCAUCUCUGCCCUUUGGUCGGUGCACACAGGUGACCAGGGCCCUCCCCCAUCCCAAGCACACAGUCUGUGGGCCUUGGCGUCUCACUGUUUUCUGAACAAAUGCGGCUGUGGGUCCUGAGGGUGGACAGCCCCACAGCCUGGCUCGCCCACAGCCUUUUCUCUUGAUUCUGAAUAAGGUGUUUUUUUUCUUUCUGUUUUUUUGGUGUUUUUUUUUUCCUUUUCUGUUUUUAAACUGACCACUUGGAAAACAUGCCUUGGUUAUCUGUGGUUUCAUGCCCUUUCCCUGCCCCCGGUGCCCUCCUGCCCCGCGAGUGGGGUAACUAAUUGCUGUAGCCUAUGUAACGAGUCUAGCUGGUCCGGGGAGGGGGGUGCAGGCAGCCGUCCAGAAGGACCCCAGGACCCGUCUUACUGUAGUUUGGCUUCAGAUAACCAGUUGAGCUUUGAUAGGAAUCAUCUGCGUGGAGAAAGAAAACAUUCCCUGCCCAGCCCAUUCAUAUGAAGAGUCUGGUUCUUCCCCCACUCUUGAACGAUGAUAUUCAGACUAGGCGUUGACGUUAUGGUAAGAAAGGAAAAAAAUGUAUAUGUAUACAAAAAUAGACAAAUCCAAGGCUGCGAGGUGAACGAGUGCGUUUGGAGUCCACAAAACCAAAAUCCACGUCGAACAAAGCGAAGUCCGUAUACAGUGACUUUUUAGAUAACCUGUGUGUGCGUGUGUCUGUCCGUUGCGUGUGAGCCCCCAACCCUGUUUUCCUGUGAAUAUACUUUGAAUGGCAGCCAUUCUGCUCACAUUAACCACACAUUUGGAGCAAAUAUGGCCCUCUCAAGGUAAUUUAUUUUACGCAUUUACUGUUUACUGAACAAAUGUCUGACUGUAUACUCGGGUGUAUUCAGCAGCAUUUCCACAGCAGUCCCGUGUCUGCCAGCGAAGUUGUGCUCGAGGUAGAGGUUUUACUCUGCCCAUCACUGCAAUUUGCACAUUGCUCUGUGGACACUCGGAGGCCUGGUUCUGUUCCCUGUAAAUGGAAAUGUGCUCUGAACCUGUCUGCUUCCCUCGGCUGCUCCUGGCCCUGAGUAUCAGCCCCCAGGGGGUGUCCACAACCACUUGGGACAGAAGACGAAGGUGGAACUUCAGACAGAAGCUUAAUUGGAUCUUCAGUGACAAGCUUGGACUAGCUGGAGCCCAGAUGUCGGCUGUGCCCAGAAUUGCCAGGAGGGUUUGGCAGACACCACAGGGCUUACCUCCCUCUGCUGAAUGAGGCCCAGUGUAUGCAAGAAAGCUGGUGUGUGGCAAGAACGGGCGGGAGUGCCUCAGCAGCCCUCAGAAGCCUUUCCUUCCACCAUCUAAAAAAAAAAAAAAAUCCCAAACUCACUGAAGUGUCUCCAAGAUCAAGUUUUACCAAAAUGAACCCUUCUAGAGUUAACUGAUCAAAUGGAGAAUUCUGGCCCUCUCAAGUUUCCUUCCCCAGUUAGAGUGGGGAACUGGUCUGAGCGUUAACUGUUGGGUUCACUGCAGCGUCCUACCUUAAAGGCACAAGAAGAGUGGAACCGGUGGAGCUGGUUUUAUUCCAGUGGUCACAGUCAGGGCCCUGCUACAGGAGGCCACCCUACAAGGAGACGCAUGGCAGUGGGUAGUUGAAGGACUGCUUAGGGGGUCAGGGGGAUUUGACUGAGUCUGGUUUUCCAGGUGAAUGAGAAGGAAGGGGUUGGUUGAGGGUUUGGUGCUACAGUCGGAAGAUUUGCAAAUGCUAACACAUUCCUAUGUGAGGCACAUCACCAUUUGUCAGUUAUUGUGAAUAUGUGUAUUUUAAGCAAUAAGAUUCAGCUGGUCAGACUUUUCUGGGCAGUCUCGGUGACGCGUUUUCUGUGCUGUGAUUGUUCUGAAGACAGAGUGGGUCUAACCACUGUGAGAAGCCCAAAUAAAAUGGAUCCCAAAAAUGCUA